AUGGAGGGCAACCGGAGAUACAACAUGCAGGAUAAUUACAACAUGAGCAUGAACGGCGGCUAUGAGGCGGGUGCAAAUUAUUUCGAGGGUGCGGGUGGGAUGCACAACGGGUUGUACUACAACAGCUAUGAGGACGAUCGAGGGGGAAAUUUUUCCAUGGGAAGAGGAGGAGGAGGAGGGAAUGCUUACAUGGGAAAUAAAGGGGGGGGAAUGAUGAGGGGUGGUGGUGGUCUCCACGGAGGGAGAACCGUACACAGUGAAAACCCCCCACCGAAUGCAUUAUAUAGCAGGAACUUUAACAUGAAUAGUAGCCCAAGUUACAACACAGGGGGGUACAACACAGGGGGUUACAACACGGGGGUGUACAACACAGAGAGUUACAACACAGGGGGUUAUCACCCCAAUUAUAACGACUAUAGUGGGAUGAAUUAUCAAAUGGUUAGUAACAGCGCAAGUGCGAGCUACCCAGGGAAUAUGAUGAAUAUGCCGCCUUCUUCCAGUGCGUACCCAAGUGAGGAAUACGUACUGGAUAGGAAGGCAGCGAAAAUACUUUAUAUACAUAACGUAACGAGCAGAUUAGCAGAAGAGAAUUUUAUAUAUAGUCUUUGUUCCGUGUAUGGAAAUGUAGAAUCCGUUAGUUACAUGAAGGGGAAGAAUUUUUUCAUUGUAAAGUUUGAAUCAUCCGAUGGUGCCUUCAGUGCAUACAAGUAUCUACCUACUCACUUUAAAAGUAUACACUUGGAGUUAAGAAAUGAAUCCAGGAAAAUAAGUUACUUUAAUGAAAAGGCCAACAGUAAUAAAUAUAUUUCUCCGAAUAUAUCUGAGAAGAAAUUCCUUUCGCUCAGUUUAGAAAAGAGAGAACAGAUUAUGAAUAUCAAGCAGAAAGAACUGCUUCGCAAAUGUAAGGAAAAAUUGAAUCAGUACAUUAACAUGUUUAACAAUAAGAGUAUAACUGAGGAGACGAAAGAGAAGCUCAAGUGUCUUAUCGACCAUUUGAAAACAAGGAUAGAAUCACUGAACAAUCAGUGUGCUGGGCACCUUCUAGGGGGGGACUCCUCUAGUGUCACUUCUUUUAACCAAUAUGAUCAGGGCCCUUCGGGGAAUGUUACCCAGGGGGACCUCACCGGGGGAAUCCUAAACAGGAACAAUAAUCCAAGCGGUGGAAAUUUUACCAGCGGGGGGGAACUAGCAGGAGUGACAAGCAUGACAGGCGUGACAGGCGCGACAGGCGCGAUAGGCACGACAGACCCUAUGAACACCUCCAGCACGACGAUAAAAAUAAACUCCAUGAGUACCAUCAAAAACAACGAACAACUGAGCAACUACAUUGCACAGAACAACUCCAUUUUCCUGAACAAACAUAUUUCCUACUUUACUUUGUUUUCCUUUGGAGAGAGGUACGCUAUCAUAAAAUACAACAACGAGAAUAUUGCUCGAAAUGUUUUUAAAAACUGCAAAAUGUAUAACAUAAAUGUGGAAUUCGUGCAGGACGACGCGGAUGGGCAGGGGGGCACUUAA